GAUCAGGAUGACCAGCCUCGGGAUGUCUUAGAAAAGUAUUUCACUUGGACGUGAACCAUUUUGCAUAACGGAUGGAUUGUAUUGCUCUGUUGUCUUCUCGGACUACUGGAAACCUGAGAGCUUAUUUUACGCACACGUGCCCACAGCGCUCACCGUGAGUCACUGGAUGUCCGGAUUAAAACACCGUGUGGAUCUUUUUGGAGGGUACGAGAGAAAUGAAUUAGAUGGAUAUCCAAAUCAAAUAGGUUUCCCGAAGAGUGGAAUAUUUUCUAGGCGUAACUCGCAGCCCACACAUGGCUUUGCCAAACUCAUCGGGGUCUCCCGGAGCUGGGACGCCCAACCCCAGCGUCAUAGACCUGGGUACAAUCUUCGUUGACUCCGACAUCAUAUUUGGAUUUACAAGUCAUCUGUUGAAGAGAAAAACAAAGGUGGAGGGAUGUCCGAGCGGAGAGUCUCCGGUAACCCCCAGGAAACGACUUCACUCUGCGGAGGACGCGCGGUGCAGUAGCCGGCCUCCCCCCGAGGGCGCCGGGUCUGUUUCCAUCUCCGAGUCGGAGGAGAAGGGGGGCUUCUGCCAGCAAUGUCAAAAGAAAGUCACACAGCUGAAGAAGCAGGCGCUAGCUCUGGCAGACGAAAAUGCACUGAAGGACCCUGGAUAUGCAACCUUUCUGUUUGAGCAGCUCCAAAGACCCAGUAGCCAUGAAGCUGGUGUUAGCUGUUGCCAGGUGUGCUCCACACCUCUUCACCAACUGAGGCAGGAGGCCUUGCAGAUGCUCCACGCUACCAUCCCCAUCCUCACCCUCAGCUCAGACAUGGCAGCCCUGCCCACUACAUCCUUUUUACCACAGCCUGCUAGAUUAACUGUGUCAUCCUCCAGUGUAAAACAACUGUCCAAAGGCCAACCAGCAGCUCACUCAGUCCUGCCCUUGGGGGAGCGGCACAGGGUGCCAGGCUGGUCGCAGAGCCCCUCUGUCUCCUCAGGGCCUCAGACAAGUGUCCAAGUGACAGUGGCAGGAGGGCAGAUCAGUGGAUCCCUGAGCUCCGUCACCAUUCAGGCACAGCAGUACCUCGAGGGCAUGUGGAGCAUCUCCAAGGUCAACAACUUCAUCCCUCAGCCUAUACUGGCUCAGGGUUUGAUGGGGGAAGCAGACAUGGAUGUCACAGCCUCGGAGGCCCCAGUCACCACCAUGACCACCAACACCUUGACGCCCUGCCGACUGAGGAGUUCCAGCCAACCGGGACUCCAAGCACCCGUCACCAACACAUCCAGCUCCCCCUCUCCGUCCUCAUCUGCAGCUGCCUCCUUCUUCAUUAGGGCAGCUCAGAAGCUGAAUCUGUCCUCGAAGCGGAAGAAGCACCAGCCCUCACUGCUCCACCCACAGGAGCCCUCCAUUUACCCCACCAACUUCAGUGGCAUCCUGCAGGUCUCGCCACCCCCGGCCCCGCCAUGUCUGCUCCGAGCCGUGUCCAAAGUGAAAGAGAACCCAGGGAUGGGAAAGGUGAAGGUGAUGAUGCGUAUCUGUCCAUCUCUGGAGACUGCAGACUCCUCAGAGUCACAGUCUUUCUUGAAAGUGGACAGCAGGAAGAAGCAGCUGACCCUCUACGACCCCGCAUCCAGCCCACACUCCAGUUCAGGACACAGGAGGUCUGCCACUGUGGCUGUCCCAAAGAUAUUCGCCUUCGAUGCUGUUUUUACCCAGGAUGCCUCACAAGCUGAGGUGUGCUCAGGGACAGUAGCCGAGGUCAUCCAGUCUGUGGUGAACGGUGCAGACGGCUGCAUCUUCUGCUUCGGCCAAGUCAAGCUCGGCAAGACAUACACCAUGAUUGGCAAAGACAGCUCCACUCAGAGCCUAGGCAUUGUGCCCUGUGCCAUUUCAUGGCUAUUCAAGCUCAUCAAUGAGCGCAAAGAGAAGACGGGAACACGCUUCUCCGUCCGAGUGUCUGCGGUGGAAAUCUUUGGGAAAGAUGAGGAACUGAAGGACUUGCUGUCUGAGGUGUCCACCGGCAGCCUGCAGGAGGGGCAGUCCCCUGGUAUCCACCUGAGAGAGGAUCCCAUCUGUGGCACUCAGCUCCAGAAUCAGAGUGAGCUACGUGCCCCGACGGCUGAGAAAGCUGCCCUCUUCCUGGAUGCAGCCAUCGCCGCACGCAGCACAAGCAGACCCAACGUGGAGGAGGAGGAGCGCCGCAACUCCCACAUGCUGUUCACUCUGCACAUCUACCAGUACCGCAUGGAGAAGAGUGGCAAGGGAGGAAUGUCAGGUGGUCGGAGCAGGCUGCACCUCAUCGACCUGGGGAGCUGUGAAAAGGUCCUGAGUAAAAGUAGAGAUGGAGGGGGAGGCUUGUGUCUUUCUCUAAAUGCACUGGGAAAUGUCAUCAUGGCAUUGGCGAAUGGAGCAAAACAUGUACCUUACAGGGACAGCAAACUGACAAUGUUGUUGAGGGAGUCCCUUGGCAACAUCAACUGUAGAACCACCAUGAUCGCCCACAUCUCCGAUUCCCCCGCCAACUACGCUGACUCGCUCACUACUAUCCAGCUGGCAUCCCGCAUCCACCGCAUGAGGAAGAAGAAAUCUAAGUAUGCAUCCAGUUCAUCUGGAGGGGAAAGUUCCUGUGAGGAAGGGAGGAUCCGCCGGCCGCCCCACCUCCGGCCGUUUCACCCUCGGACGGUAGCCCUGGACCCAGAUCUGCCGUCCAUGCUCAGUGAUCCAGACUACUCAUCCAGUAGUGAACAGUCUUGUGACACUGUCAUUUAUGUAGGCCCUGGGGGAACUGCGAUCUCGGACAGGGAGCUUAGUGACAAUGAAGGCCCACCUGCCUUUGUUCCAAUCAUCCCCUCCCUGAACAGAAAGAAGUCUGCAAAGGAGGGCCCUCGGGACAGAGACCAGUUCUUUAAAUGCAACACAUUUGCUGAGUUGCAGGAGAGGUUGGAGUGUAUAGAUGGCAGUGAAGAACCCACUGCCUUUGUUGGAGAGGACAAGCGAGGCCAGGCUAGCCCCAAGACCGACAUAUCUAAAGAGAGCCAAGGUUCCCUUUCACCAAAGACUGUAGCAAAUAUUUCUUACACCCAAGAGGGCACACAACCGACUUGCAGUCCCACCAUUACAUCUAAACUGGACAAUGACGACACGCAAUGUAUACCAUCAGACAGAACCAGCGCUGAUGGUGAGAAAGCCUUGGUUUCAGAAAGCACCAACAAACUAGCAACGACCUCGGGGCCUAAUUCUGAGCCUGUGGUGAGGGAGAAGGUGUACUUCAACAAGAAAGCUUUGCCCAAGCCAGCCCCACCUCCUUCACAGCAGAGAGACUCCAGCAAGGACAAUACUGGUAAUGAAGAAAGAUCCAGCACCAGAAUGCCUCCUGUAGGAAUGAGCCACCAGGCUGUGAAAAGGAGGGAUCCAUACACGUCCCCUCUACUCAGAGCUCCGGUGGAGGUGUGCCAGGUGCGAUCUACCUUGAGGGAAAGAUGUCUGGAUCGGGACAUCCUUAGAGCGACUGUGACCUUGCAGCAGCCCGUGGAGCUGAAUGGAGAGGAUGAGCUGGUGUUCACUGUGGUGGAGGAGCUGUCUAUAUGCGGUAUUGUAGAUACAGGUCGGCCAUCCAGUAUUAUCAGCUUUAACAGUGACUGCUCCCUUCAGGCCCUGGCCUCUGGUUCCCGACCAGUCAGCAUCAUCAGCAGCAUCAAUGAUGAAUUUGACGCCUAUACGUUGGCUAUGGGAGGAUCAGAAGUAAACAUCGCAGUGGUCACACCCCUCCAGGACGGAGCAAUGGAGUGUAUGGAUAGCAGGGGUUCAUCUAUCAGCUCUUGGCUGAGUGAGGUUAGUGUCUGCACCUUGGAGAGUGAAGGGGCUCAUUCCACAGACGUCUUCCUUCCACAGGCCAAACACAUGGGACCGGAGGCUGCCUUUUCCUUUGAUUCCCUGGAUAUGUUCCAUUGUGUGUCCUCUCCAAGAGAUGCCAAGAACUCCUUAAAUGACAGUGGAUUUAGUUUUUCCGAACAAGACAGUGAUAGUGCUGCGUCAAGCAAACUAUCCUUGACAAAGUGCCCCGCAUCUCCGGAAUCAGCCCAAGGCUCCCUCAGAUUGACAUCCAAAAUAACUAAAGCUCACUCACUUAGCUCCUCUCAACUUCCACAGGGCCCCUCCAUAGUCCACUCCAGUCUUCCCAGGAAGAUUAAACCUACCUCAUCCAUCUCUCAUAGUAGUAGCAACAGCAGCAGUAGAGAGCCACCAAGGCAAGAAGCUAAGCAGGAGAGUCCUUGGCAGCGUGUUGACAACCACACUGAGCCUCAGUUUUCCGACUCAAGCAGCAUCAGCAAAUUUAUCCGAAAUCCCCCCAGUGGCAUACCUUCCAGCAAAACAUCCAACAACUGCAACAGUGUACCUCGCCCACCCAAGGUGCAGGGGUCUACCUCAUCCCAGAGGGUAGUCGAUGGCUGUGAGAAGUCAGCCAGUAAGAAUCCACCCAGCAAAAUGCCUCAGUUGAGACGAGGUGCCACCACCCUGGGAACAGUGCCCGUCAUCCAUUCCUCCACAGAUUACAAGGGAACCCAAGAUAUUACUGCAUCUACCACAAGCCUUAAAUACUCCUCCCUGGGGAAAAACAACAAGGCUAACUCACAGAAAACAAGCAAUCUCCCUAAACCAGGUUGCACUUCACCUCCCCCUCCUCCAGUGCGAAAGUCCAGUCUUGACCAAAAGACUAAGAUCCUGCUGCCCCAAAGUGCCUUAAAGUCAGCAUAUGGGGAAACAGGAAGGGUCUUUGGGGCAAGGGCAGCGGUAUCAGAGGAUGAGCUUGAGGUACGUCACAGAGCGGACUCUACCAGUUUCAAAACUUCCAGUCUCAACACAGCCAAAGUUACCUCCAGCCUGAAGGCCAGAGGGCCGAGAGGAGAGUCUGGGCAGCAUUAUGGAAGUCAAAUGUCCCUGGAAAGGUGUGAAAGCCUGUCCUUAUCAGGUUCCAGACAUACGCUUAGUAGGGAGAAUAGUGGAGCAAGUCUGGGAACCAGCAGUAGCAAAUCCAGCAGGACCAUUCCGAGAUUUGGUAUCCCUAAUUCAUCCAGCUCUCCUAUAGCUACCUGCCCAUCAUCCCCAAGUGGAGGAAGUCUUAGCAAACCUGGUCAAGUAAAAGCCUCUGUAAAUCCCAGAGCAUUAGGAGCAGUCAAUGGUAGUAAGGCACGCUCACUCUCAGUCAACAACUCCAAGGGCCUAAGUUCCUCUACCAAAUCUUUGGCCACCCCCUUGACCAGAAAUACCAAUGCCAACCUACCACCAUCAGGACGGACAUCAGCUCCUCGAACCACUGCUGCUGUCAGCAGUAAGCCUGGGAGAGGGACCAUCAUGGGCACGAAGCAAGCCAUGAGGGCUGCCAACAGCCGUGUGAGCGAACUGGCGACAGGCAACCUAUCAGGCAAACACAUGAGAGGUUCAGGAGAUUCAGACAGCGGGAAUGACAGCGGUGUGAAUGUGAGUGAUGACAAAUCCCCCAUAGCCAUGCUGCCCUCUCCGUACAGCAAAAUUACGGCACCCAGGCGGCCUCAACGCUACAGCAGCGGCCAUGGCAGUGACAACAGCAGUGUGUUGAGCGGGGAGCUGCCCCCAGCUAUGGGCCGCACAGCUCUGUUCUACCACAGUGGUGGCAGCAGCGGAUAUGAAAGCAUGAUCCGUGACAGCGAAGCCACAGGCAGUGCUUCUUCUGCCCACGACUCCAUGAGCGAGAGCGGCAUGUCAUCUUCAGGCAGAACAAGGAGCUCCAAGUAUCCCAAGAAGAGAGCAAAUGGCUUUCAGAGAAGACGGCUCAUCCCGGCACCCCUGCCAGACUCUUCUUCCCUGGGGAAGAAGGUGGGCACAGCAGGCCAGUGGGUGGACUUGCCUCCUAUGUCAGGGCCUCUAAAAGAGCCUUUUGAGAUCAAAGUGUAUGAGAUCGAUGAUGUGGAGCGGCUCCAGAGGCGACGUCUGGAGGAAACCACAGAGCAACCAUUCCAGGAUGUUGACACGGGCCUGCUGUAUUUUAACAGUAAGCUGAAGAUGCUGGAGAGAAGGCAACAGCAAGUGAGGGAACUGAGGGCAAAGUAUGAGGUGUUGUUGGAGGAGCUCGAUGACACCAAGGCCCGACUAAUGAUGGACCCCAGCAAGUGGAUGGGAGAGUUUGAAGUGGACCAGGAUAUGGAUAAAGAGUCUCCAGAGUACCUGGAGGCCUUGGCUCAGGCCACAGAGGAACUGGAGUUCUGUGUCAAUCUAUGCAAGUCCCGUGUCAUGAUGGUGACCUGCUUUGACAUCAGCAUGCCAAAAUCUGGUCCUCAGGGGGGACUGCGUGAAAUGGAAGUCUGAGGACAAAAGAACGUUGAGGUGGAGGAAUGAGAAAGUGAGAAAACAAAAGGAUGAUUAAAUGUAGCAUUCAGUCUAUAGAUAUCACUGGAAUGAGGAACAACAAGUGACAGAGAUGAGAUGAGAGUGGAUCUUUGCAUGAAAACAAAGGAAAUAUUAACCACCCGGCUACAGUGCCUCGUUGUUCGGGACAUGUUUUAAUGGCAGAUAAAUUAAACGUGAGCACCAAUGCAGUGGCCAUCACUUACUCUAGAGUCAAUGAACAACACCUGGAAGUGCCUUUUGUAUUGUUUUGUUUUGAGUCAUUAUUUUUCAUAUGGUGCGGGUAUCCUAAGCAUACCUUUGAAAACCCUGAACAUAUUGCUUUUAAGAAAAAUAUUUUAUAUUGCAUUGUAUAGUGUAUUUAUAUGAUUAUGUGGUGUGUACAAAUAUACUUUUAAUGGGGAAAAAAGAAAGAAAAAAAAAGAAAAAGCAAUAAGCUAAUGUUAUUGCGUUCCCAGACUUUGCCUUUUCUCUUUUUUCAAACCUCAGUCAGCAUUUUAUCCAUGUUCAUUCAGCCUCUUGCGCCUUAUUUUAACUCUCUGGUUCUGUAGUUUUCUAGAUUUUCAAACUGGACUAUAUUAUCUCAUCAAGGACUGCAUUUGCUGUUGUCACUCAUCGCCUGCCAGCUGGCCUGUGUAAGCUAGUAGGGUUGAGUGAAUGUUUUUUCCCUCCAGUUGCCUUGAUCGAAAUGGGUGUCAGUGGAUUCACUAAGGUAAAGCAGCAGUUAUGUUGGGGAACGGAGGGCUUAUUCAAGCUGUCCUUUCCCGUGUUUAUCUCACUGAAAAUGAGAGAUUACGCCAAAACAUAUCAAUCAGAGGGCCACUGUGAUGGAUAGUGGGCGAUUAUUCUUGAUUCAGCCACUCAAUCUGGUGCUCUAAAUACAGUGUGUGGUCAAGCAACCCUGAGAGAUGAAACCUUCCCUGUUACACUCGUCUGUAAAGGAUUGCAUGAUGACUGGUUACACUGAUAGCGGUGCUCAUCAGUGAGCCACAUUUAACUCCAAAUGGGCUCGAACUGGGUGCUAUCUUUACACUGUAAAACAAAAAGGAUCAGAUGAAAUAGCACAAGUCUACUGGCCUCCUACACAACACAUUUUCAAGUGCUACCAAGCCUCGGCUCUAUGCAUUCCAAUACAUUUACUGCAACUACUGUAAGAACCUCAAUGCUGACUUGAGGGCAGCAACAGUUUGGCCUUGUUUGUCCCCUGUUUUUUCUUUUUUUUUUAAUAGGCAAAUCAACAAAGGUGAUCCAGUGUCUCAAACAAAGACUCAAGAAUUGCUAAUUUCUUGUUAAAUGAUGCAAUGAAUAAUAGUAAAUGAUCGUGACAUGGUUUAGGAAAAUUAAUCACGGUAUCAGCUCUUUUAAGCUGCCAGAAUGUGCUGGUUAAGAAUCAAACGGCUGACACAGAGAGAACAAAGAUGAUCGUGAAAAUGAUUGUGGAGUCAAACAAACUGUCUUUGUUGUAUUUUAGUAUGUUUGAUUUCUAUAUCUGUUACAAAUAUGACUUUGUUUUCUUUCUUUUACAAAGAUGUACUCAGGGCCUCUCUGAAGAUGCUGCAUGAGGUUUUUUAAUCAUUUUUGAAGAAUGAUUUCUACUCCAUUUUUACCAUUCUAAUUUUUUACAAUAACUUCAAUUUUCACUAAUGUUGGGUAAGGCUCAUAAAGUAAAUAACUAUUACCAAACCAAGACCUUUUUUCCAAGAAAUUAUUUUAUGUGAGGUCAUAUUUCAUAUCAAAACCCAUAUUUUCGAAUAUCUUUGUUUUUGUAUAGGCUUUUCAAACCUUGUGUAUAAAUGUAUGAUA